UAGGUGGUGGCGCUGUGACCCGCAGUCUUCUUCUUCGUUUCCUGUCCGCUUCCUUAACAACAAACGGAGCAAAAGCUGUAGAUUUUCUCGGACUGUUUGAGGAAAUAUGGUUUAUAAGCGCUACAUUUGCACUUAGUUUGGGAUUUUAUGAUAUAAAUGACGCCGGAUGUCUCAGUUUAAGUGGAGUGAGAUGCCGAAGAUCUUGAAAUUGACUCAUUAACGCAGACGGGACAAUGCUAACUCAUUUUUCUUACCUGAUCACCCGUCUAACGUAGCGACGUUUGAAACGGUUCUCUGAUUGCCACCAUGGAAGAGGACGUCCUGACCCUGAAGCCCAGGCGGAUCCAGAACCAGAACGUCGUCUACCGCCUGGAGAAGCGAAGGGUCUGCUCCGGUCGACCCGGGGCCCACUGGUACCGGGUUCGCUGCUUUCACCAGAACCUGUUCCCAAACUUCACCGUGGUGAACGUGGAGAAGCCACCCUGCUUCCUCAGGAAGUUCUCACCGGAUGGACGCUACUUCAUCGCCUUCUCCUCGGACCAGACGUCGCUGGAGAUUUAUGAAUACCAAGGCUGCCAGGCAGCUCAGGACCUGCUGAGAGGCCAGGAAGGAGAGACUCUGUCCACUGCCAAUGACCAGUGCUCCCUCAACAUCCGCAGCCGCCUCUUCCAGCGCUUCUUCUCGCUGCUCCACGUCACCAACGUGGCUUCGAACGGAGAGCACCUGAACCGUGAGUGCAGCCUCUUCACCGACGACUGCAGAUACGUCAUCGUCGGCUCUGCCGUCUACGUCCCCGACGAUCCGCCGCCGUACUUCUUCGAGGUGUAUCGCAACAACGAGUCAGUGACUCCCAACCCGCGGUCUCCACUGGAGGAUUACUCCCUGCACAUCAUUGACCUGCACACCGGCAGGCUGUGCGACACCAGGUCCUUCAAGUGUGAUAAGAUCAUCCUGUCUCACAACCAGGGCCUCUACCUCUACAGGAACAUCCUGGCCGUGCUGUCGGUCCAACAGCAGACCAUCCACGUCUUUCAGGUGACGCCUGACGGGACAUUUCUGGACGUGAGGACGAUCGGGCGCUUCUGUUACGAGGACGACCUGCUGACGCUGUCAGCGGUUUACGCAGAAGCUCAAGCGGAGAGCCAGACCGGCUUCCCACGGCUCUACACAGACAAAACCAUCAACUCCCUGAAGCACAGGCUGCUGGUGUACCUGUGGCGGCGAGCCGAGCAGGACGGCAGCGCCACCGCCAAGAGGAGGUUUUUCCAGUUCUUCGAUCAGCUCAGGCGGCUCCGGAUGUGGAAGAUGCAGCUGCUGGACGAGCAUCACCUCUUCAUCAAGUACACCAGCGAAGACGUGGUGACGCUCAGAGUCACCGACCCGUCGCAGCCAUCGUUCUUCGUGGUGUACAACAUGGUGUCCACGGAAGUUCUGGCCGUGUUCGAGAACACGUCGGACCAGCUGCUGGAGCUGUUUGAGAACUUCUGUGACCUGUUCAGGAACGCCACGCUGCACAGCCAGGCUGUCCAGUUUCCCUGCUCCGCCUCCUCCAACAACUACGCCCGCCAGGUCCAGAGAAGAUUCAAAGACACCAUAGUGAACGCCAAAUAUGGUGGCCACACGGAGGCGGUGCGGCGGCUGCUCGGUCAGCUGCCCAUCAGCGCCCAGUCAUACAGCAGCAGCCCUUACCUCGACCUGUCGCUCUUCAGCUACGACGACAAGUGGGUGUCGGUGAUGGAGAGGCCCAAGACCUGCGGAGACCACCCCAUCAGGUUUUACGCCCGUGAUGCCGGGCUGCUGAAGUUUAAGAUCCAGGCGGGCCUUCUGGGUCGACCCGUUAACCACGCCGUGCGGCGCCUGGUCGCCUUCACCUUCCAUCCCUUCGAACCGUUCGCCAUCUCCGUUCAGCGGACCAACGCGGAGUACGUGGUCAACUUCCACAUGAGACACGUCUCCGCGUGACGGAGGAGAGUCGUCCUCCGCUCCUCACUCAGGGAUCCUGGACAUUUUUGUUUGCAAACGUCCAGACUCGAGUUUUCACUGGAUUUUAAAGUCUAGACAUAAAAACUCAGAGGAGAUGUUCUCACAGCUGGAUUUCAAUAUGAAACCAAAAAA